GAAGGCGCGAGCGGCUGAAACGGUCGGGAUGCUCCGUGUUCUGUGUCUCCUCGCUGCCUGUGAGGCCGUGCUCCUGUUGGACACCGGCAUGCUCUUUCCCCGGGAGUCCUCCUCCAGGGAGCUGAAGGAGCUGAACGGGCUGUGGGCUUUCAGGGCCGACAGGUCCCCGAACCGGAACCGAGGCUUCGAGGAGGCUUGGUACCAGAGUCGACUGGUAGAGACCGGCCCUGUGAUUGACAUGCCAGUUCCUGCCAGCUACAAUGACAUCACACAAGACGCCACACUGAGAGAUUUUGUUGGCUGGGUGUGGUAUGAGCGAGAGGUGAUGAUACCUGCCCACUGGAUCAAAGAUGGAGGCGCACGAGUGGUUCUCAGAGUGGGAAGUGCUCAUUAUCAUUCAAUAGUGUGGGUGAACGGUGUGAAAGUGAUGGAACAUGAAGGUGGUCAUCUUCCUUUUGAGGCUGACAUCAAUAGCGUGCUGCAGCAGAACUCCACUAUGCCGUGCAGGAUCACCAUUGCUGUUGACAACACUCUGACUCUACAUACUCUUCCCACAGGCAACAUCCAGUACAUGAACGACACCACUAGGUAUCCUGUUGGUUAUUUUGUGCAAACUGUCACCUUUGAUUUCUUCAACUAUGCUGGAAUAGACCGUUCUGUACUUCUCUAUACCACACCUAAAACUUACGUGGAUGACAUUACAGUGGUUACAGAUUUCUCCGGGAACACAGGAUUUGUUAGGUACAAUGUGUCAGUCGGAGGUGCAGCUACAUCCAAUGUGAGGGUCACUUUGAUAGACAAAGAGGGCCACCCUAUGACCUCCUCCAGUAAGCUAUCUGGAGUGCUUACAGUGGCAGAUGUUAAGCUGUGGUGGCCAUACUUGAUGCAUGAGAAUCCAGGUUAUAUGUACUCUAUGGAGGUUCGUCUCAAGGCUGAUGGUAAGGGAUCAUCAUUUGAAGAUGUUUAUACGCUACCAGUUGGCAUCCGCACGGUUAAAGUAACCAGCACCCAGUUUCUCAUCAACAACAAGCCUUUUUAUUUCCAUGGCAUCAACAAGCAUGAAGACUCUGAUAUUCGUGGUAGAGGUUUGGACUUGCCCCUAAUUAUUAAGGACUUCAACCUAAUGAAGUGGUUGGGGGCCAAUUCUUUGCGCACAAGCCACUACCCUUAUGCUGAGGAGUUCAUGCAGCUGUGUGACAGCUAUGGCAUCGUAGUGAUCGACGAGUCUCCGGCAGCGGGCAUAGUAGACUUUGAGUCUUUUGGAAAUAUAUCUUUGGCCCACCAUCUAGAUGUCAUGGAUGAGCUUGUACGCCGAGACAAAAACCAUCCUUCUGUGGUGAUGUGGUCUAUAGCCAACGAGCCCUUUUCAGUUCUACCACAGUCUGUGUAUUAUCUCAAGACAGUGAUACAGCAUACCAAAGCUCUGGACCCUACCCGACCUGUCACCUAUACCACCUAUUUAGAUGUUGACAAGGACUUAGGAGCUCCCUAUGUGGACGUGAUCUGUUUGAACACCUACUUCGCCUGGUACUUUGAUUCAGGCCAGCUGGAGGUCAUCCCUUUCCAAGUCAAAACUCAACAUGAGAGCUGGUAUAAAAAGUACAAGAAGCCCAUCAUCCAGACAGAAUAUGGAGCAGAUGCAGUGGCGGGGCUUCAUUUUGAUCCACCUGUGAUGUUCUCUGAAGAGUUCCAGAGGGACUUCAUGCAGCAAUACCACCAAGUGUUUGACAAGGAAAUGAAGAACUUUCUUAUUGGAGAACUUGUAUGGACCUUUUCUGACUUCAUGACCAAUCAAAUAUUCUAUCGAGUGGCGGGGAACAGGAAGGGAAUUUUCACUCGGCAAAGGCAGCCCAAGGCAGCAGCCUUCCUCCUGAAAGAGAGAUACUGGAAACUGGCAAAUGAAGCAGGCAAACUGGGUCAUUGAAACAAGUACUCCACAUACAAGUACCACACUACCUCAACUAUUACCUCAACUACUACCUCAACCAAACUAUUUCCUGCUUGUGGAAGAUGUCAUGGUUUACACUUGGAGUCAAGUUAUUAUGAUUUAAUAAUGCCUACAUGUAGACACUUGGCAUAGUCUGUAAUAGAAGAUGUAACUGGGUGGAUAAGUAGAACCAGAUUUUUAUGGUCUUUUCGGUUUUUACUUUUAUUAUCUUUUGAAUGUUGACAUCUUUUUUAAAAUUGAGAUUAGUAUUCUGAAACGUG